CACUUGGACGCAGUGUCCAGCCAGAGUUUCAACUAAAGACAUGGAGAAGAAGGAGCAUCAGUAAAUACCCAUUCAGCAGUGACAUUUCCUUCUGGAGUAGAGUACCGUCUCUCAGUUUUGUUGGUUUUGUGCAGUGAUCUGAUCAUAACUUUUCUGGGAGUUUAGCGUAUUUUUUUGCAUUUUACAACAAAAAUCAUGAUACGAAGGGAGACCUUGAGCCUCCUGGUCGUCGUAGUGGUGGCAGUGGUGACAGUAUCGGAUGGAAAGUGGUCACUCCCUGCCGACCUUGGACCGGAUUCUGGCCACUGGACAUUCUCUCAAGAUGACGAACAUGCCAUUAAUAACAACAAUUCUGGCCCUAUUUUUAACCAGGAGAGCGAUGAUAUUACUCAUUCCAAUAUUGAUGAUGAAGAAGAACAGGUCACUCUAAGCCUUCCUAAACAAUGGGCUCAACUUCUCGAAAAUCUCAACAACUCGCAAUACCUUGUCAAUGACCGAGCGCAUGGUGACGACUCCAUUUCAAAUGGAACAAGAAUUGUGCUCUUUGCUGACUUCCUUACAAUUCCAAAGUCCUUGAUUUUGGACAGCUUUAACGAAGCGAAUGAUGGGUGGGUGGAACGACAGAGGAAAAUUGACAACGUUUUUAUUCACAAUUCUGGGGCUGAUGCAAAAUCGCCGGUCGGGACGGCAUUCGCAUUUAGUCCACCUUCCCUUGAAGCCUUGGCUCUGUCAAACACCUCAAUUUUGCUAGAAUUCGCUUCCCGAGCAUUUUUAAAAAGCUUGGAAGAUGACACGCCAAGCAAUCGGAUUCAAAGGGUGAAAAGACAAUCCGUCCUGUUUGAAGAUGGAUCCACGGGUGGGGUUCGGAAAGAGAUUGAUUUGCGAUCUUUCGUUGUCAGCCAAGGGUCCAUGGGGGCUUUGAAGUGCAACGUUCAUGACGAAGUUUUACCAUGCGAUACUCGCAACCCAUACCGAACUUAUUCUGGCUGGUGUAACAAUGUGCAGAAUCCUGGCUGGGGAAAGAGUGUGAUCACAUUCGAUCGUAUGAUUCCUUCCGCGUAUGCCGACGGGGUUUCGAAACCACGGUCAAUGUCUGCGUUGGGAAGACCACUCCCAAGUCCGAGGCAUGUUUCUUCCUAUGUCCACAUUGACGUUUCUCAUCUCUCGAAUAAGCAUACAUUGAUGUUGAUGCAGUACGCUCAAUUUUUGGACCAUGACCUCACAUUGACCCCAGUCCAUAAAGGUCCCGAAGAUAAGAUUCUCAACUGUCGCGAGUGUGACAGUGCUUCAUCAACACAUCCGGAAUGUUGGCCGAUUCCCGUCCCCACCGGUGAUAGCUGGUAUCCGGAUAAGAGAGAGAGUGGAAGUCCGUACUGCAUCCCCUUUACGAGAUCACUUCCAGGUCAACAAAGGCUCGGACCAAGGGAACAAAUUAAUCAGAAUUCGGCUUACAUUGAUGCAUCUCAAAUUUACGGGGAAGAAGUUUGCAAAGCGGACAGUUUACGAAUUCGUGGAGGUAAAUUAAAUGGAACUGGUAGUGCUGGAAGGAAGCCCCUCAUGCCACAGACUGGCACGUUGAAGGAAUGCAAGUCACCAUCCGGUUAUUGUUUCUAUGCUGGGGAUCCUAGAGCGAGUGAACAACCCGCGUUAGCCGCACUGCACACGGUAUUUCUUCGACAACACAACCAAUGGGCGGAUGACAUGAAGAGAAUAAAUCCUCAGUGGAAUGACGAAAAAAUUUAUCAAGAGGUUCGAAGAAUUAUGGGCGCCGUGAACCAACACGUCACGUACAACGAGCUCCUCCCCAGAAUCAUUGGUCCUUCCAUGGUCAACGCGUACGGUCUCGCCCUGCAAAACGAUGGCUAUUAUGCUGGCUAUGAUGCCAGGUGUUCUGCCACGAUUUACAAUGAAUUCGCUGCAGCAGCCUUCCGUUUCGGACACAGUUUGAUUCGACCGAAUCUUGCCAGGAUGGAUGGCGGAUAUCGCGGGAUGAACCCACAUCUUCCCCUUCGGGAUGGAUUCUUCAACUCGGACAUGUUGUACAAACCUUUGAUGGUGGAUGAGGUUAUUCGUGGUCUUAUUGCAGAACCAAUGGAGCAAAUGGAUCCAUUUGUCAGUAAUGAAAUUACUAAUCACUUAUUCGAGGAUAAGAGAAGGUCAUUUAGUGGAUUGGACCUUAUUUCGCUCAAUCUUCAACGAGGAAGGGACCACGGUCUGCCCGGCUAUAAUCAUUACCGUGGCGCUUGCAAUCUUAAGAAAGCUCAGAAUUUUGACGACCUCAGCACCGAAAUUCCAUUCGAUGUCCUUCAGAGACUCAAAACUGUUUACGCCCACGUUGACGACAUUGAUCUCUUCACCGGAGCGCUGGUUGAGCGUCCAGUCAUGAGUGGAAUCCUUGGUCCCGUUAUGACCUGCAUUAUCGGCACGCAAUUCCGUAAAUUGCGACAAUGUGACAGAUUCUGGUAUGAAACGAAUGACAAGUCGAUCGGCUUUACUCCCCAACAAUUGGCCGAAAUAAGGAAAAUGACCCUGGCCAAGAUUGUCUGUGACAAUAUGGAAAUUCCAACAAGCAUUCAGCGUUGGACAAUGGAUGCUCCACACAAUGUUUUAAACCCGAGAAUGCCUUGCAAUCUUUUGGCGACACUUAACGUUGACGCAUGGCGUGAACAAUCUAGUGCUCCUCCCACCAUUAGCAAACCCCUUCCACUCGUCAGUCCUCAAGAGCAAGCUGCCGGACCUCUGUCAUGCAAUAUUGGUGGACGACUAAUCGCCGUGGGUGGUUCGGCUCUACAGUCGCCGUGCGUGUCGUGCAUUUGCUCGGAUCAAGGGCCCAAAUGCACCUCCUUGAGAAUUAUCAGUUGUUCGAAACUCUUCCAAGAAGCUGGACGAAGUGAAAUCCUUCAAGAUCCAGUUUGCACUUCGCAAUGCGGUUUUUUCCUGGGACCAUCGUCCUCUAGAUUUACAGUUUCGGGAUAAGUUUUAAAUCUUGUGCUAAUUUGGAGAGUACAACAAUUUAUAAAUAACUAUUUGACUGACAAGGUGGAUAAAUAGUAAAUAUGUAGUUAAGUUAUUGGUAUGAAAGUUUGUUUUUAUAUGUAUUAAGCAGUUUAUCUACAAGUGUUCAUGCUAUUUCAUAAUGUUCAAAAUUCAAAUUUUGUAAAUUGUACUGUUUAAUAUGUAUGAUAAUUUUAUUUUGAUUCUUAUGAAACUAGAGUAUAAAAAUAUUAAGAAGUAGGUAUUUAAUACGUAUAAAUUAUGUGUACUGUGAUAACAUAGGGUAAUAUGUAUGCUAUGCGAUAAGAAAUUCAAAUCAAUUGCAAAAUAUUGCGAUCGCAUCUUAUGUAUGAUUUCUUAAAAUUCAUAAACACUUGCGAAAGAGUCGUAAUUAUUAUAAAACGGCGUAUUUUUAAUGACGAAAUUCUC